GAUUGGGGCCGCUGUGUUUGGGAACAGGUGAAGCCAUUUGUCCAAGAAUUUGUGGAGGACCAGUUGGAUGAUGCCUUCGGGGAUCUAUGGGAUGCGACCAUCAAUGGCUACAAGACAAGACUCUGGGCCUUGAAUGCGACAGUUUACCGCAAUUCCAAGCUGUAUCCGAACGGGACCAUCGAAGAAAUGUCGAACGCGACCAGGGACAGAAUGUACGAGGAUCUCAAAGCAGUACAUGAUGCUAUGCUCGGUAGCAUCCAGCUCUUUCUGACAGAUCGUGCCAUCAAAACCACAGCAGGAGCUUACCUGUCCCAGUUUGCCUCCUUGCAUUUCAGUGUGAUCACACAACUUCUGGGGUCCUUGACAUACCGCACCGCCGGCGACCGUUACGUCUUCCAGACUGUUGUAGCAUGUUAUGCUCGCAGGGUCUACGAGCGUGCCACAGCUGCUUUCAAGUCGCGAAUGUCUGCUGUGGAGGCGCAUGAGGAGGACCAGGGCUCGCGAGAUUGCUGCCCGACCCAACCUAUGUGCCGGGAAUGCCACUUUUAUUCAGGUGAGUUCAGGGACACCUGGAAGCUCUCGUGCGACUGGAAGAACUCAGGAUAUCACACCAUCUGUGAGGCAACCUGCUGCAAGUUCGCGCCGGACAUGAUUGCAAUGCCCAUGGCUCGGGAUUGCUACCAACGUCAUCGCGAAGAGGUGGCAAAUCAAACUGUCCAGUUUUGGCAGAAGUGGUUGACGCCCCUCCCCAUCUGGUUGGACAGUAUUGCUGUAAUGCAAAGCAUCCCAGUAAAACCUACUGCGACACCUGGCAGCAGUGGGUUUGACUGCUCGGCUUGCUCGGCUUUCUAG